GAUGAGGAGCGAUUUGACGCUAUGUUACUGGCUAUGGCUCAGCAGCACGAGGGCGGCGUGCAGGAGCUGAUAAACACAUUCUUCAGUUUCCUAAGAAGAAAAACUGACUUCUUUAUGGGAGGAGAAAGAGGAGCAGCUGAACAGCUAAUCAAUGAUGCUUUCAAGCACCACAAUAAAUUAGCCCAAGCAGUCAAAGAACAGAAGGAGGCCGAGCAACAGGAACGCAACGCUGCAAAACGUGAGCAAGCUGCCAAACACAAGCCUAUGGAGCCUGGGGAACCAAGGAUCACGGAGCUAACAGAUGAAGAAGCAGAUAAACUGCAAAAGGAAAUUGAUAAGAAUAAAGCCAAAGAGCUAGAGCAAGAGCAAGAUAAACCCGCUGUUGGCGCAGAUAAAAAUUCCGUUGUUCAAAAGGUUAGUGAUGAGGAGGAAGAGGAAGAUGAGAAGGACAAAGGAAAGCUUAAGCCAAAUUCAGGCAAUGGAGCAGAUCUUCCAAAUUACCGCUGGACACAAACCCUGUCAGAAGUGGAUCUAGUUAUUCCUUUUCCUGUGUCCUUCCGUCUGAAGAGUAAGGAUGUUGUAGUGGACAUUCGGCGAAGAAAGCUCAGCAUUGGGCUGAAGGGCCAGAAUCCUGUGUUGGAUGGAGAGCUUUUUAAUGAGAUCAAGGUA